AUUCUCUAAAUUUCUAACCAGGCAUCGAAUUUUUGUUUGUCUAAAGUUGUAAGGUUGUAACUAGCUAAUUAGUUUAAGUUCGUAUUGAGCUGUUUAAUUAAGUUUUGAAAAAAACUUGGAAUUUAAAUUAGUUUUGAGAUAUUUAUUCGUCCUAUUUUCUAGUUAUUUCAUGUAUUUUUACUUGUCGUGGUUAUCUCUUGAAGUUAUUAUUGAAACGAUCAUAUAACUUUAAACAUAAUUUUAGGAUUUAAAAGUAAUUUUCAACUCUUUGAAAGAAGAGUUACAGAAGCAACUAUGAGAUUGGUUUUCCAAAGAGGAUCCCUUUUAUACAAGAGACUUUUCCUGACUGUUUCUUCUUCAAUUGCCGUUUCAACCAAGCAUUUUUCUUACUUAGGUAAUUGGAAUUCACCUCAAGGAUAUGACUCUGGAAUUAUGGUUUAUAAUUCUGCCAUAAAUGAGAAAGUGUCAUUAGUUUUAAAAAACAAAGGAACAGUAACGUGGUAUAUUUGUGGACCUACAGUGUAUGAUGAAUCACACAUUGGACAUGCCUGUUGCUAUGUAAAAUUUGAUAUUAUAAAGAGAGUUUUGGAAAAAGUAUUCAACAUCAAUGUUUUGUUAUUGAUGGGAAUCACUGAUAUAGAUGACAAAAUCAUCAAAAAAUCAAUUGAGGCUGGAUUAAGUGCUUCAGAAAUUGCUAAACACUAUGAAUUUGGAUUUUUUAAAGACAUGGAAGCUAUGCGAGUAAAGCGACCUAUUGCCAUAUCUCGAGUGACUGAAAAUAUACCUUUGAUAAUUGAGUUUUGUACUAAACUUAUUGAAAAAGAUUUUGCUUACGUCACAGAUGAAGGAAAUGUGUAUUUUAUUGUGUCUAAAAGUACUUCUGCAAAUCUAUUUAAUGAAAUGCCCAAUGAUUUUCAAGUUGUUGUUGAUCCUUUAAAAAGAGAUCAACGUGAUUUUGCUCUCUGGAAAAAGGCAAAACCCGAAGAACCAUUCUGGGAGUCACCGUGGGGAAAAGGUAGACCAGGUUGGCACAUUGAAUGUUCGGCAAUUGCUAGUAAUAUCUUUGGCUGCCAAAUAGAUAUUCAUUCAGGUGGUUAUGACCUUUUGUUUCCUCAUCAUACAAAUGAAAAAUCUCAAUCUGAAGCAUUUCAUGGAUGUUCACAAUGGGUUAACUACUGGCUCCAUUCAGGUCUCUUACAUGUUGGAAAUGAAGAAAAGAUGUCAAAAUCUAUCAAAAAUACAAUUUCUAUCAAUGAAUAUUUGAGAACAAACAGCGUAAAUGAUUUUCGUAUUAUGUGUCUCCAAUCUCUGUAUCGAAGAAAUAUCUCAUAUUGUAAUGAAACAAUAGAAGGUGCAAGAGGACUGCAUGAAAAACUUCAUAAUUUCGUUAAUGAAUGUGAUUUAUACAUUUACAAUAAAUUAAGAAUUUCAACUGAGUUGGAGAAAAGUUUGUUUCUCAAAUUGGAGGAAACUAAAGAAAAAAUUGUUUCACACUUAAGUGAUGAUUUCAACACCAGCCAAGCAUUAUUAUGUUUAAAUGACUUAGUUGACGUUGUCAAUAAAGCUCUUCAAUCUGCAAAUGAUUCUUCUUUAUCAGAUAUGCAAGGGGUAACAUCUGUAGCAGCUUGUCUAAAUUAUGUUGAACAUGCACUUGACAUAUUUGGUGUCAAAAUAAUGUGUAAAAAGAGACUUAGGCAAGAAUUUGUAUGUUUUAUUGACAGUGUUGUAAAAUUCCGUAAUGCAGUCAGAUUAUUUUCUUUGUGUCGCAGUGAAAAAGAGAUUGUUUCACCAACACAAUUUCUUGAAGAAGCUUACGCUAAUGUUGAAUCUGCACUGUCUCAUAUUUCUAAGCUAGAGAAUUCUAUUCAAGAUAUCCAUAGCAUAAAAUAUGCCACCAAUUUGAUGUUUCAAGAAUCGUUAAAGUUUAUUUCUACUUUACCAGAAAACAAUAUUUCUAUAAAUAAUAAAGAAAUCCUCAAAGCAGAGAAAAUAAGAAGGGCAUUUUUACUUACAUUGUGCGAUGAUCUACGAUCUUCUCUUCAAUUAUGUGGCAUAGCAAUCAAGGAUAGGAAAGACAUUUCAACUUGGUUUCCCCUGAUAUCAUUGAAGAUUUAACUAUGUAAAAUUCGGAGCAGUUGUCUUGUUAAAUUACAAACUAUAUGUGUCUCAUUUGUACAAUUUUAUCCAUUAAUGUACUUCUUGUCAUAAUAAACUAAAACGUUUACAUUA